GUGGCAACACGUCUUCUCCGAGAGUGUAGCUAACGUGUUAAAUAUAAACAAUACUAUUAUUUGACAAAACACUCGAGACUAGGAAUCCAAGGAUGUAAACGACCCAGACAUAACGGACGGAAUCAAUGACACAGAUGUUAUUGAAACACGUAACUUACACGCACAGAUAAUAAACGAAGCCAAAUUAUUAAGAAUUACUAAUUCUGAACUCGUUAUAUUUGAAUGAAAAUUGAUUGCUCAGCUUUUUUAAAUUUAUUACAAAAAUGAGUUUUGAUUCGAUCUCAUCUAAAAAGUUUAAUUUGGAGAAGGCAACGAACUUUAUGCGUCAGUUUCGGGAUCCUGACUCCAGGGAAUUAAAGAAAUUGUCUGCCAAUCAGUUCAUGGAGAUCUGGAGUCACUAUGACAAAGACGGCAACGGCUACAUCGAAGGUACAGAGCUGGACGGGUUCUUGAGAGAGUUCGUGUCUAGCGCUAAUUUUACAGACAUCAGUCCCGAUGCGGUUUCGGAUUCGAUGCUGGUGGAACUUAAAGCCUGUUUUAUGGAAGCCUACGACGACAACCAAGAUGGCAAAAUCGAUAUUCGAGAGUUGGCCCAACUUCUUCCAAUGGAGGAAAACUUUCUUCUUCUGUUCAGGUUCGACAACCCUCUAGAAUCGAGCGUCGAGUUUAUGAAGAUUUGGCGGGAAUACGAUACUGAUGGAAGUGGAUACAUUGAAGCCGACGAGCUCAAGAAUUUCUUACGCGAUCUCUUGAAAGAGGCGAAAAAAAUAAACGACGUAUCCGAAGAUAAAUUAAUCGAGUACACCGACACAAUGCUCCAAGUUUUUGACUCUAACAAAGACGGAAGACUACAGCUCUCCGAAAUGGCGAAGCUUCUACCAGUGAAAGAAAAUUUUCUCUGCAGACAAGUGUUCAAGGAAGGCAUCGAGGGCGCCACAAAGCUCACUAAGGACGACAUCGAAAGAGUGUUUUCACUUUAUGACAGAGACAAUAACGGAUCUAUAGAAAAUGAAGAGUUAAAAGGAUUUCUCAAAGACCUUCUAGAAUUAGUAAAAAAGGACUACGACGCCCAAGACCUGCUCGAAUUCGAAGAGACCAUUCUCCAAGGCCUGGAAUAUAGCAGUGAAGGGAAAAUAAGUAGGAAACAAUUAACAAUGAUACUUUUGGCUCUGGCGAAGCAUAAUCAAGAAGAAGAGCCGGCUACUCCAUAACUGAAUACAGAUCUCGUUGCCAGUCCGUCCCACUGUCAAUUCACUUGGUCUUUUCAUAGCGUAGUUGAGAUGAGAGAGAGAUGUCCCAAAUCUGAUUAACUUUCCCAAAGCUAUGAAAAGGGUUCAGGUAGAAUUACCUUCAAAAUAAUGUGUGCUUUUUACAAUAGAUGCUUUGUAUUAAAUGUACUAGCUUGAUGUGUUAAACGUUUAGUAAGUAUUGUGAGCAUUGUUGCAGUUCUGUUAUUCACUUUAAAAAAAUUAUAACCCACACUGGAACGUAAAGAAAAAGAGAAGCCCAGGGCAUAAAGCCGUGAAGCCGAUCUUGUUGUUGAUCAUGCAUUUGGAGCCAGCGGUAAAUUUUUCCUAACUUUUAAAUCUAUGUCACAGAGUCUAUCAUUGUUGUUAAAGCUGUUUAGAAUUACCGUAAGAUAUAAGCCAAAGUCAAUGCCAAAUAUUUACGAAAAUUAUAGCGAUACUAUACAUAUAUACAAUUACUUAACUAAACAUUGAAGAGAUUUCUCUCUCUUCUUAAAACUAUUGUAAUUAUAGUGAGCUGAGAAUCAAAGGAAUCUUACUCUGUGAGAUACUCAUUUACUCUUUAUCAUUAUUAUUAAUGAACAUUACUCCACGGAUUCUCCUGCGACUUGGCGAUGAUUUUAUUAUUGCAACGCAGAAUUUAUCCUUAGCCCAGGGACAAAGUGAUAUUGUGUAUUUAGUUGAAUUUAACCAGAGUGGUUGAUAAUAUUUAAUUAAGUUAAACCAUAACGUAGUAAAUGAUUAGUUAUGUUUCUUAAAAUGAUUGAAUCUUGAAUAAGGUUUUGUAUGUAAUAUUUAAUGUGUCGCUUUAAUAUUGAUUGAACUCGUGAGAGCCGACUUCUAGUCAACAGCACUGGUCCUGCGGGUCAUGUAAUGUGAAACAAACGCUUACUCUCUUCGCCUUGUAGGCUUGUACUUUAAAAUAGCUCUCUGAAAAAUGACGUAACGCGUCUCGAGUGAGACUCCGAUGGUCGUACGUCACAAAGAUCAGGUAAUACGCACUUUGUUGCAUAGAAAUCUUGUAAUAAUAAACCAUACAUGACGUAGCUGAAUAACUGGGAAAUAUUAAAAUUUUGUUCUGUUCGCAUAUUAUACUGUCUUCUAGUUCUUCUUAAUAUCUUAAAAUCUAUUGAUAUUGUUCACAAAAUAAUAAUUGAAAAAUACCCAAAGGUCUUGGUGUAUUUGUACAUGGUGUAAUUACAUACGUGAUAAUUGUUUAGAAGCAAUGCGCGACCGAGACGCGUUUGGUAACUUAUUGAGAUUUCUAUGUUUGGCAGUUAUCGUAGAAACAAUAUAAUAUUUUGUUGUUAGAAAUCGAUGUGAUAGUAAAGAUAAAUGUUAAUUUAGUUUAAAAUAUAUUAAAUCUAAUAUUAAAUAACGUGUUAAUUAUAAUAUAAAUGUGCAAAGACUAAACAUUGAUAAUGCAAAUAAAGUG